CCAGAGUUACAACAAAAGCAAACAAAAUUAGAGGUGGAACGUGAAAUAGCGAUUAUGAAAUUGAUUGAACAUCCACAUGUGCUGCAUUUGUAUGAUGUUUAUGAGAAUAAAAAAUACUUGUAUCUGCUACUGGAACAUGUUAGUGGCGGUGAACUUUUCGACUAUUUGGUUCGUAAGGGUCGUCUGAUGGCUAAAGAAGCCCGAAAAUUUUUCCGACAAAUCAUUUCUGCACUUGACUUUUGCCAUGCCCAUAAUAUUUGUCAUCGUGAUUUGAAACCAGAAAAUCUUCUUUUGGAUGAACGAAACAACAUUAAGGUGGCAGAUUUUGGUAUGGCAUCAUUACAGGUGGAAGGUUCAAUGCUCGAAACUAGUUGCGGGUCACCACAUUAUGCUUGUCCAGAAGUUAUACGGGGUGAAAAGUACGAUGGACGUAAAGCUGAUGUAUGGUCUUGUGGCGUUAUAUUAUACGCUCUCCUUGUGGGUGCCCUUCCUUUUGAUGAUGAUAAUCUGAGAAAUCUCUUAGAAAAAGUCAAGAAAGGUGUUUUUCACAUCCCGCAAUUUGUUCCUGCCGAAUGUCAAACACUUCUUCGCGGUAUGAUAGAAGUGGAUCCACAAAAACGAUAUUCUCUGGCAGACGUGUUCCGGCAUCCAUGGGUAGCUGGAAAUGCUCGUGGAGAACCGCAACUUGAACUUCCAAUGGCUCAAGUCGUAGAGACACAUAUAAUUCCCAAUGAAGAAAGCAUCGACCCUGAUGUAUUUCGUCACAUGAACAGUCUGGGAUGCUUUAAAGACAAGGAAAAGCUGGUUGCCGAGUUGUUAUCACCAAAGCACAACACUGAAAAAAUGGUUUAUUUCCUUUUAUUGGACAGAAAAAGACGGAAGCCGGCACGAGAAGAUGAAGCUGAGAUUGUUACGAGGCACUGUAAUCAAAUUCUCGAUCCUCCUCGAAAGAGAACUGAUUCUGUGCGACCGUCACGAUAUCCUGUCGGAUCAAUUAGCGAAGGAUCACCAAUUAAUCCUCGUAAAACUUACGGCAGGUACAGAGGACGUCAUAACUCUCUGGGAUGUUCUCCAGAUCGAUCACCUUGUUCAUCUUAUGAUUCAAUAGAACCCUUAAGCUCAACUUCACCAACAGUAAGAACUGUUGAAAAUCGAGGAAGGUUUCACAGAAGAAAAAUGUCUACGAGAGGAAACGAAAGCGAUUCUGAAGAUGCGCAAACACUGGAUACUUCAGAUUUGGUUAAGAAAUCUUGGUUUGGUUCGCUAACAAGUAACAUCAGUACGGAUCGUGAUGAUACACACUGUAUUCCAGUUCACGGAAGAUCGCUGAAUGUGAUUAAAGCGGAAUUAAUUAGGGCUUUCUUGACGAUACAUGAACUGAGUCAUUCAGUGGUUAGUCAAAAUUCAUUUAAAAUUGAAUAUAAACGUGGCCCAACUGUCGGAGGCAACGUGUUUUCCAGAGGAGUUAAAAUGCAGGUUGAUAUCAUCGAAUCCCCACAUGUUGGAAGAUCUGUUGACGGAGAACCAGUUUAUGUGGUGCAAUUCACUUUAAUUGCGGGCCCAGUGAGGCGUUUCAGACGGCUUGUCGACCACUUGUCGGCUAUUCUUCAGAAUUCGUACCAAAGAGCGGAUAGGCUACAAACAGAUACGAUAAUGGUACAUCCUCGCAGACUAUCCGAUUCCAGUGUUAGCAGUGCAUGUUCCGACACAGAUUCUAAUGCGGGUAGCUCAGUACUGCCACAUGUUAAGAGUAACACAGUUAGUCUUAUCUUCUAUUGCUUUUUGAGUAACCUUGAACGCUUUAGCAAAUUAAUGUUUUUUCCUGUUCUAAACAUUUGA